AUGGCCAAAUACUUCUGCCCCAGACAUUCCCACUUUGUAGUGUACACAUCAACACAUUCUGUUGUGUCGGUGACUAUCGGUGAAUUCAAUCUCUGUGUGACUGUUCGCCCCCCUCCUCACAGACUGCUUAUUGCACUGGUGAAAGACAGAGGUCCAGAGGCAACACGAAGGUUUUUCAACUGGUUUUACUGGUGUAUAAACCUGGGAGCUAUUGUAUCACUGGGUGGAAUAGCUUACAUUCAGCAAAAUGUCAGUUUCAAUCUGGGCUACAUCAUUCCCACCGUCUGCCUUGGCGUUUCCUUCCUGGUCUUCCUGUGUGGUCGGAUGGUCUUCAUCACCAAGCCGGCUGAUGGCAGUGCCUUCACUGCCAUGUUCAGGAUACUGGGCUAUAUCUUGUGUUCCUCCAAUCGGCCAGCAGAACCCACACUGUUAAGACACAGUCGAAAUGGAUUGUCUUCAUCACGGCCUAAACCCAGUUUACUGGAUACAGCUAAAGAGUCACAUGGAGGACGGUUUACAGAAGAGAAAGUAGAGGAAGUGAAGGCUCUUGUCAAAAUAAUUCCUGUCUUCCUGGCCCUUAUCCCAUAUUGGACCGUAUACUUCCAGAUGCAGACCACAUAUAUCCUCCAAAGUCUGCACUUAAGAAUUCCUGCAAUCUUUUCAAAUAGUGCAGGAGUAAAUUCUUCUAAAAGCUCAGCCUUGCACACGUUUCCCGCUGCUUGGCUCACUAUGUUCGAUGCCCUCUUGAUUCUCCUGCUGAUCCCCUUGAAAGAUAAAGUGGUCGACCCCAUUCUGAAACGAAAAGGCCUGCUGCCAUCUUCCUUGAAGAGGAUUGCAGUGGGAAUGUUCUUUGUCAUGUGGUCUGUGGUCGCUGCUGGAAUUUUGGAGAGCAAAAGGCUGGAUAUCAUCAAGAAUGGUACCAUUGAUCAAGUCAUCGGCAAUGUAACCUACUAUGCAGCAGAUCUGGCCAUAUGGUGGCAGAUACCACAGUAUGUGCUUAUAGGAAUAAGUGAGAUAUUCGCAAGCAUCGCAGGUCUGGAGUUUGCGUACUCUGCAGCCCCCAAGUCCAUGCAGAGUGCCAUUAUGGGUCUGUUCUUUUUCUUCUCUGGGAUUGGCUCCUUCGUAGGAUCUGGGCUCUUGGCCUUGGUGUCAAUCAAAGCUAUUGGAUGGAUGUCUUGUCAUAAAGACUUUGGAAACAUCAAUGGUUGCUCUCUGCAUUACUACUUUUUCUUGCUAGCGGGGAUCCAAGGAGUCACCCUGUUGCUCUUCCUGAUUGUGUCAGUGAAGUAUGACAAGCAGAGAAACAGAUCAGGUAUACAAAGGCAAACCACUCUGUCUUCAUGACCAUAGGAGACACACUAGGAAGAAGGAGGAAAUGCACUGCCCCCUCUAAAUCUCUGUUCAUAUUUUUGCUUUAUAGACAAAUAUCAUUUUUUUCUUCUAUACAGCGCAGGUAACUGGUUCACUGUAAAGAAAUUGGAAACAAAAUUGCUUUUAAAUGUACUUUUUGUAAAAAAAAAAGAUUGAUAAAUAAGCACUAAGAUAAGCAGCAUUAAGAUGUUUCAGUCAAGCUGUUGUCAUAAAGUGUAAUGUAACAGUCAAGUCUAACAGUGAAAAGUUAGAUAUACUGUAUACAGUAAGCUUAUUUAAAAUCAAAUUAAGUUGUGAUUUAUACAGUUUCACUUACUGCUUUGAAACAAAUCUUUCUUAAAAGGUUAAAGAAAUUAGAUUUUUUUCUCAAAAAGAUUUAAAACAGUGUUUUGGACAUUUAUUUUUGGUCUUUAUUUGUUGUGAUUUAUACAGUUUCACUUACUGCUUUGAAACAAAUCUUUCUUGAAAGGUUAAAGAAAUUAGAUUUUUUUCUCAAAAAGAUUUAAAACAGUGUUUUGGACAUUUAUUUUUGGUCUUUAUUUCUGUGUCUUGUUGUACGUCAAUGGUUAUCACCUGCACUGUUACUGAUGGUUCAUUUUCUUUUUGUACAGAUGCAGUAUUGUGAGAGUGGAUUUAAAAUAUUUAGAGGGUUUUUAAAUGGAUUU